AUGGAAGAAGAGGAGGUUUAUGUACCAAGAAAAGGCAUGAAGAGAUAAGUUUAAGAUUCAAAGUAUUUUCGCUAGCUAUUUUUUGAAUUCAUUCUGUGCUUGCUUCACAAUCCUCCUUAUAUUGAUAAGAUUAUCAGAGUAGAUUAAAUGGGAAAGCAGUUGCGAUAUCCAAUUAGCACUCUGAUUACAUCAAUUAUGUAUUUAAGAAGUUAUUUGUUCUUCAGAGUCUUUACUAUCUUCACAGACUAUCGAUCAUAAAUGAGCGACAAAAUAUGCGCCAAGAUCGGUAUUGAAGCAAACGUUACAUUUGCAUUGAAAAGCAGUUAUAAAAAAUUCCCCUUUUUGCUACUAGCUUUUUCAUUCUUAAUUACAGUCAUUUCAUUUGGUUUAUCCGUUUAGUAGUUUGAAAGACCUUACUAUGAUGACAGUGAUUUGGAACCUAUUUCCAGAACGGAUUCGAGAUAUUAGGAUUAUGAACUUGCUUCUAAUGGUAUAUGGUUAGUUGCUGUUACAAUGACUACUGGUAAAUUAAUUUUAAUCUGUUAACAUUAUUAGUUGGAUUCGGAGAUUAUUUUCCAAGAUCACAUGUUGGAAGAUUUAUAAUGGUUGGAUCAACAUUUAAUUUACGCAAAAAAGGAGUGCUAAGUUAAAGCAGUCAGCUGUAUAGCAAAUUUCUAUAGACUUAGAAUACUUAUUCGAAACGUAUCGCUUCCAGGAUAUUAGGAAGAUCUCAAAUUCCAAAAGGAAUUCAAGUAAAACAAAGUCCGCUACUUCGUCAAAAUGCAGAACAGUUUUCAUGAGUUUUACUUGGAAAGAUUAAAAUUAAAGAAAAGGUAUCUUGGUGAAGCUGCAUUUAUUAAAGCUAUUACUGAUAAAAUUGACAGCGAUAUAGGAAUGAUAGGCUUUAUCCUUUCUUCAAUAAAGGAAAUAUCACUAGAAGUUGAUUAAUUUGUAGAGUUGCAAGAAAAGCAAAUCCAAGUGUUGAAAAAAACUAAUAAGAAUUUCAAGCUUUUGAAUAUUGUUACAAAUAGAUUCAAUCCUUAAGGGCCAUCCUAAGUUUUCUUCCAAUAGUCUUAGGAAGCAUAUAGAAUGGCAAUGCAGGAAAAACAGCUUAGAGAGUAAAGAGAGAGGUCAAUGAAGAAAAAGCGAAGAAGAUAAAAGAAGAAGAAAGUAGCCAUAAAGUAAGAUUAAGAUGAUGAGCCAGGUGGAGCAAUUAAGGAGGAUGCUUUUUCUAAAAGAAUGAAAGAAUUUUCAAAAAAGAUAGAUGAGAAGAUAGAGAAACAUGAGCAUUCGUAAACUUAGAGUUAAAGGGAAGAAGUCAAAGCAGAGGUAGUGGUAUCACCUAGAACAUAAUUACAGUAACUGUUCUCGGAUGAGAUAUAGUAUGAGAAAAAGGAUUGGGAUGAUAAUAGGAGUAAGAAAAAAGCAAGUGAGAGAGGUGGUUCAUAGUAUAUCAGCUUUAAGGAAAAGACUUCUAAGAACGAAGACAGUAAAAGGAGCUACAAAAUAAGAGAUAGAAUCUUCAAGGAAAAAGAUGAUAUACCACAAACAGAGGCUGAAGAGAAAAACAGCAACUUAGAUAAAAUAAUUGGCAAAAUGAUUAGGAAAGGAAAUGAUACUAAUUUCAAUAAAGACUUCAGAGGGCAAAAUCCCAUGCAAACACUUCAAAGUAAUUUGAGAUCUUAAUCUUAGAGGGCUAUAGUUGUAGGAAAUACUAAUGCUAAGUAACCUAGUGAUUAUUUCUAAAAUUACAGUAUUAGGAGAGUUCAAUGA